AGGCUUUGACCAAUCACACGCCUCAUAGCCAGCGGAAGAAGUACCUUUCUGCUCUUCGUUGGUUUUCCGUAGCUCGACGUCCCUCCAUGAAAGACGUCCAUUUAUUUUUAUAAAUUCUAGCAUUAAAUUCAACGCAUUUGCUGACCUUUGUUGACUAUUCGGGAUGAUUGAGCCUAAGAAGAGAGUGGCGGACAUGGCGGUGGUUCCUACCGCAGUGAAGCGUCCCCGGACGGAGCUGGUGGCGGCGGCUCAGUCUCAGCAACUCGUGGCCAUGGGUCCCCCACGGAGCUCCAGCCUGCAGGCUCCCAUUAUGCUGAUGUCUGGCCACGAGGGCGAGGUCUAUUGCUGCAAGUUUCACCCCAACGGAGCCACACUGGCUUCCUCAGGAUUUGACAGGCUCAUUUUGAUGUGGAAUGUGUAUGGAGAUUGUGACAAUUAUGCCACUAUGAAGGGCCAUAGCGGAGCAGUGAUGGAGCUGCACUACAACACAGAUGGCAGCAUGCUGUUUUCGGCGAGCACAGACAAGACUGUAGGUGUGUGGGACAGUGAAACAGGCGAGAGGAUCAAACGUCUGAAGGGCCACACCUCCUUCGUUAACACCUGCUACCCGGCCCGCCGAGGGCCCCAACUCGUCUGCACCGGCAGUGAUGACGGGACAGUCAAGCUGUGGGACAUUCGUAAGAAAGGGGCGAUCCACACUUUCCAGAACACCUACCAGGUGCUGGCUGCGACAUUCAAUGACACCAGUGAUCAGAUCCUGUCAGGAGGCAUCGACAACGACAUCAAGGUGUGGGACCUGAGGCAGAACAAACUGAUCUACAAUAUGCACGGCCAUGGGGACUCAGUAACUGGACUCAGCCUGAGUUCUGAGGGAUCAUACCUUCUCUCAAACUCCAUGGACAACACAGUGCGUAUUUGGGAUGUUCGACCAUUUGCACCAAAGGAGAGAUGUGUGAAGAUUUUCCAGGGCAACGUUCACAACUUUGAAAAGAAUUUGCUGAGGUGCUCCUGGUCUACUGACGGCAGUAAGAUAGCUGCCGGCUCAGCUGACAGAUUUGUGUAUAUCUGGGACACCACAUCACGUAGAAUCCUGUACAAGCUGCCGGGCCACGCCGGCUCAGUCAACGAAGUGGCAUUUCAUCCAGAGGAGCCUAUAGUGCUGUCUGGCUCCAGUGAUAAAAGGCUCUACAUGGGAGAAAUUCAGUAGGGUGUUUGUUAACUUGGAUAUGCGUUGUGUGUGUGUGUGUGUGUAUGUGUCCUGCAAGCGAGUGUCCUGCCUUAGAAGUGGAUAGGUGGUGUUCGACAGAAGGUUAGGAGUCUCUGUAAUUUCAUAUGCUUCAGCCUGUCGCAGAACAACCUCAGGAUGUGUUUGAAGUUUACUAUCAGUCACAACAAUCUCCACAAUGACUUGUUUUUUAUUCUGAUUUGUUUCUUUUUAAUAAACUUGAGUAUU